AUGUUUUCGAUGAGUGAAGAUGAGGAUGAGGAUGAGGAUGAGGAUGAGGAUGAGGAUGAGGAUGAGGAUGAGGAUGAGGAUGAGGAUGAGGAUGAGGAUGAGGAUGAGAAGAGGAAAAGGAUGAGGAAGGGGAUGAGGGGGGUAUAUGGAAAUGAAGGGGGUGCUGGGUGGAGUGGAGGGGAGGAGGAGUGA